UAAGGCAGAAAUAAGAGCGUCCAGGGCUCGCCUCUUUCUCCAGGACGCACAUUCGGACUUCAGAGAACGCGGUUACGCACGGCGGACACGUCGCGCGCACAUCCACGGGCUUGUGGCAGCUUCAGCAAACUCGCUCGCGGGCUGAACCAUGUCCUUCAGCCCAAAACACUCAACGCCUUUCUCAGUGAGCGAUAUUUUGAGCCCGAUCGAGGAGACCUUCAAGAAGUUUGCAGCCAUGGAGAGCAGCGCGUGCCUGGCGUCUCCUCUGUACAGACAGACUCAGGUGUCUGAGGCGAACCUGCAGCAGCACAGCAUGAGCCAUAACACCUACCACAUGCCGCACUCGCAGUUCUCGCACAGCGCCAUGGGAGGAUACUGCAACGGACGGGAACGAUAA